AUGAAUCGGUGCACAGUCUUCCUUCUAACUAUCGUCGCUCCACUGCUUGUACAAUCAAAUUUGGGAAGGAUGUUGGUGAAGAGCGACAAAAGCAAUGAGGAUAAUGGAAGAUAUUUUGAAGAAAUGAAUCGAAACAGAUUUUGGGGAUGGAAUGAAGAUUAUGAGACGCUUCUACAUUUUUCGGAAUCGUUUGAUGGAAUGGCGAAUCGCAGUGAAAUCGAUUGGAAGUUUGCAGAAUCGCAAAUGAAUGAGACAAAAAAUUAUUUGUUGGGGAAACUGAAACGGAGAACACUGCUGGAUAAGUUUGUAGAAUGUUCAACUCAAAACUCCGAGAUAUUAUAUCGAUUGAGAUUGUACGCAGGUUUGUAG